AUGGCCGCCUCGGGGACGGAAGGUGCAAAGCCUUCGGCUGUACGAUCUCGCCGGGACUCGACCGCCUCGAGUUCCGGCCGCAAACGUCGCAAGCCAAAGACCGAACCGACCUCGACCGUCCGGGUCGUACUCUCGACCUUUAUGGUCUACCUCUCUUACCAAAUCCUGACCAGGGAAGACGACGAUAUAUCCACGACCAAUCUACAUAUCCCCCAUCUCAACCUCGAUACGCACCGGCCGAAUGCGUGGGCAAAUACCGGGGGCGCUGGGCAUGGAGGAGGAGGUCACGCGAGUUUCCCAGACCCUUACGGUCUAGGGCAUCAGAUUGCGGGUAUGGGCAGCAACUUGCUGCAUCACGGGAACAUAUACAACUCGAAGGAUCAGAAAACAUCGUCCGAGAAACGAUCCGGCUCACUUGUUAUGCGGAUACUCGGCGGUAUCGGCAAUGGAUUAUAUACGGUGGUCUCCUUUAUCUACCGUUCGCUGAAUAGCACCCUCCUCCUCGUUCUCUCUCUCGCCUACUACCUUGCUGCUCCUCUCAGUACUGUCUUCUAUACACUAAGCGACAUCCUCCUCUCCCCCUUCAACAUCACAUGGAGCGCGGUCAACUGGAUAUGGGAACCCGUCGGCAAGUGGAUAGGCGGGUUCGUCCUGACAGGCCUCGGCCUGGGCGCCGGUCUCGCUUGGAUCGGGCAUCACAUCGAGAGCUUCUUCAAAGGGAGAGUGGGAUCUCUUCGAGAUGCCGUCAGAGGGAAGUUUGCCGACUCUUGGGUGGGCAAGAUCUUUGGAGCCGAGUCGAGCGGACAGGAUGGGAAUGCAGGCGACGUUUACGGACACCCUAUGUCUUCAUACCCCAUGGUACCCGUGGUCCCCGUGCCUGUUUCAUCGCCUCAAGGGCACGGUUACACUCAUCCAGUCUACACUUACCCCGUCCAGUCGGUUCCUGCCCAUGUCUAUCCUGCGCAUCUCUAUCCUGGAAACGGAAUCCCAUACCCUUUCGUCCCGACGCCAUUCUUUCCGCAUCCACAACAAGCCGUCGCACAACAGUAUCUCCCACACGGCUCGAGGCGCAAAUCGGAAUCAUCCCGGCGCGUUUACAUUACUUCGUCAGCUAGACGAGGUGGACGAUCCAAGUACGACCCGGACGAUGUCCAGCUGUCUUCCCCGUCCGAGAGCGAGAGCGAGUUGGACCCAGAAUCCAUCUUGACAGGCAAGCGGACAUCCCGACAACAUCGUACCGGCUUGUCAAGAUCAGAUAUUGCCAAGCAAGUCGACCUCAUCGACCCUUCCCUGUCCGUCACUUCCGGCUCGACCGGCAGCGAGAGCUCGAGUUCGGGCUCGCAACAGGAAUCCCCCACUCGAGCGAGUGGGAAGAGCGAAAGGGACCGAACAGGGUCUUCCUCCCUAUCGUCCAAGCGUAGUGGGGAUAAACGAUCGAAAGCGAUCCAUUUCCACUUUCAUCCGGGUAGCGUCGAGGCGAGGGCAAAAAAGGAGAGGGAAAAGAUCAGGGUAGAAGAUGGGGGUGAGCGCGGUAAUGAAGACGAGAGCGAUGACAGUCUGAAGGUUACGGGGAUCAACGAGGUUGAUGGAAAGACUCGAAGUCUUCGGAUGAGGAAAGCGACAAGCAAGAACAAUUAG